CCAGCAUUGCCCGACUAACCCAACACCAACACCAAUCCUUACCUUGACUCAUUUCCAUCGAUAUUUGUGAAUAUAUCCAUUCCACUUCCACCAUCAUUGUCACCGACAUUGUCACCCUCUCAUUGCCACAGAGUCGAAAUCUUCACUGUUACUCCUGUCCCCGCAACCCACCUUUCACGACCUGCGCCUGUGCCACCUUGUCCAAACCUUGUCCAAGCUUCAGCCCUAUUUCACCCCCCGAGGUUGCAGUAAUGCCAAACCUGUGAAUAUUUGUCCUCAACUCUUCACCCAGCGCGACCGACAUUGACGAUACGUGUUUACUAACACAACAUCGACUUCCUCACCUUUGACCGCGUCGAGCUCCUUGAGGGUUCUCAUGUUGAGAAAACGAAAACUCAGCAGCCCUCCCCAUUCUCGCACACCUGUCCACCACAGUCUUCCCACCACCCAUCCUCCUCCGGUUGCUCGCGCGUCCAAUCCUACCCUCUUGAACCCUUCCAGUCUCUCUUAUCUGCCAGGUUAGAUGGCAGAUGGUGCGUUCCGGUUCCAUCAACCUGGCGCCGGACAAUUCUAUCCCAAUCAGCAACACACCGCACACCGAAAUCUCAACCGCCCGACUUCCCCUCCCCCUGGUUCCCGACGGCCUUUCAACGCAGACACCCCGUCUCCCUCCCGCUCGCCUGUGAACCCUUCUCAAAACAACAAUUUUAACAUGUACUCACAAAAUGGGUACCAAAACCAACAUGGAUUGAUGACUUCGACGCAGAAUCACCAACGAUAUGGCAAUAUACAUAUGCCUAAAUAUCAACAACCACACCAUGGCCACCACAAUGUCAAUCAGCACCAUCCUCAGCAUCAUCAUGCCGGCCAACUAGGACAUCAGCAUAACCUCUCCUCCGGUGGCUUCCAAUCCUCGACCCCCCAUCUCCCUCCUUACGGCCAUGAUCAUCUUCAGAACGGUAACGGUAACGGUUUACCCCAUGACGAGCCCGAAGAGCCCGAUAACGAACAUUGGCGCGAACAGAAGCAAUGCUGGGAAGAGAGCAAAGAACUUAAUGGUCCUAAUCAGAGAGCUCGAUCAGUGGCACACCAGACGAAAGGAGUCAACUACGUUCCCCUAGGAGCGGCUGCGGAAGAGAUCCAUGCCGACAAUCGUGGAACUGUGGCCACAACCAACGGCACUGCCCCAAGCAAACAGACUUGGGACGAACUUGACCUGGGCGGCCAAGGUCUCUGUGCCCUUUCCCCCGUCCUCUUCAACCCGACGUACAACUUUCUCAAGCGCUUGGACCUCGUCUACAAUCAAUUGGAGACCUUACCACGAGAGAUUGGCCAGUUGAAGAAUCUGGAACAUCUCGACGUUUCGUUCAAUCAACUGACUGAGCUUCCCGAGGAAAUCGGCAUGCUCUCCAACUUGAAGCAUCUCCUGCUGUUCAACAAUCACAUUCAGUCUCUUUGCUAUGAAGUUGGCUUCUUAUUCAAGUUGGAAAUGCUCGGCAUCUAUGGCAAUCCUCUCGAACAGGGCCAGCGGGACAAGAUCUCGGAAGGCGGAACCCGAAAAUUGGUUGAGUAUCUGCGUGAAUCGAUGCCUGAACCUAAGGCCCCCCGAGAUCGCGAAUGGCACGAGUUGGAGGACGUUUCCGGUGGCGACGAUCAAGAUACCAUCAAGACCAUCACCUACAAUAUUCUCUGUGACCGCUACGCAACACCCUCAUACUACGGCUGGGUGCCCGAACGUGUACUGGGCUGGUCUUAUCGAAAGACACUCAUCAUUGAAGAGCUACGAGACUUACGAGCAGAUAUUAUUUGUUUGCAAGAACUGGAUCGAACAAGUUACGACGACUUCUUCCGACCAGAACUGGCCGCGUCCGGCUUCAAAGGAUAUUAUGGUCAAAAGGGUCGCGCUGAAACUCUGGGGGAAAGCGCUAAGUUUGUGGAUGGUUGCGGAACUUUCUGGAAAGACAAAAAGUACAUCCUACUUGAUUCACACCAUCUUGUUCUCGGAAGAAAAGCAGUCGAACGUCCAGGUGCAAAGGCCUCGGCAGAUAUGUUGAAUCGGGUGUGGCAACGUGACGACAUCGCUACAGUGGUCUUUUUGGAAAAUCGUGUGACGGGCGCACGACUUAUCGUUGCCAACACCCAUCUUUACUGGGAUCCUGCGUUCAAAGACGUGAAAUUGAUUCAAGCCGCUGUCAUGAUGGAAGAAAUCACUAAGCUUUCGGAGAAAUGGACCAAGUUCCCUCCGGCAACUAACAAGCAAGUGUUUCGAUUCUCGGACUCGGAAGACGAACCUGCACCAGAACCAGGUCCGUCAUUAUCAUACGCUCAAGGUAACCAGAUUCCGUUGAUCAUCGCCGGUGACUUCAAUGCUGCAACCGGUACGGCAGUCUACGAUCUUUUUACGAAGAAGGGAAUGGGCGCUGACCACUCGGAUCUCAUCGGACGGGACUAUGGCGCUUUCUCACGAGCCGGCAUGUCUCAUCAAUUCACCCUGAAAUCGGCAUACGCACAAAUUGAGGACGAAAUGCCGUUCACCAAUUACGUGCCGCACUAUGUGGAUAUUCUCGACUACAUCUGGUACUCGAGCAACAGUCUGCGGGUGGUUGGUCUUCUUGGCCAGAUUGAUCCCGAAUACCUCAAGCAGGUUCCCGGUCUUCCUAACUUCCACUACCCGAGUGAUCACAUCUCGAUAUGUGCAGAAUUCAAGGUCGAGAAACAACGCAAUGUACAGAAAGCGGUUGAAGCCGACUUUGGUCCUUCAAGCAAGAAGUGAUGUGCCCACGUCAGCGACGGUAGAUUGGGGGAUCUUGGGCCAUUCUGUUGGUUCUGGGUGAACUAAAUGAAAAGUUCAGACGGCGGGUGGUGAGGGAUAGGCAGAAGGAUUAGCAAUUUAAGAAUGAAUUGCUCCAUCUUCUCCUGCUUUUGCCCAAAUCUUGUUCAAACAAAACGCAACCAUGGGAUGACAGAUUAUCCAGUGUGCCAGCAUAUCUCUCGGACGAAUCGAAUUGAAUUGCACGCGGGCAAUAUGAAAGGGUCAAUUGAAACGAAUGGAUUUCCUCUUUCCUCUGUGUAGGGUUUGAGGCGGUAGAACACUAGGCAACAAACAAACACGGGCGGCGUGUGUGAGUGGAGGAACGAACGGACACGGGGGGGGCGGAUCGGAUCCAAAGCGAGGUCAAAUUAUCACUUGGUUUGUACGGAAUUGGUCUGGUCAGGUCAGGACAGGUCAGGUCAUGUCAUGGCAGGGCGCGCGCUUAUCGCUUUGACUGUCUUUGACACAUGGGAGAUGUCUUUUGUUAUUGUUCGUCAAGUCAGUCAUUGGACAUGUGCACUCGAGAUUGCCUUUCAGUGCAUUCCUUUUCCACCAUUUGCUAGCUAACAAAACAAGUAAGUGGUGAUCCAAAUUGCUGUGCUUAAAGAACAAUACAAUAGAAUUACAUUUCUCCUUUCUCCGUUGGGUUCCUGGUGGAGAUAUAUCCCUUUAUAUGUGUUUCCACAAUCUUCACGGCUUCACACGAGUCCUGGAAUCUCUCGAUAGCUGCUCGGGUGUAUCGAGGCUGAAGAGAUCCGGAUUUAGGCAGUUCAGACCUAACACGUGGUUCAUCCCUUCCAUGGAGGGCUUGCACCUUUGGUCGCAUUUCCCCUUGCUUGCCGAUUCUUGAGUGGUCAGAGAAGAGACUCCCUGUGGUGGUUUGUGUGUCCGAAGAUAUGCAUGUGCAAGCCUCACGCACAUCCCAUGAGCAAGCGACCGCCCAUUGGAGCAUGGCUCGGCCCAGCCUUUCCCAGGACAUUGACCAACAGAUUGUGA